AUGGAGUUAAAGUUACACUUCAGGCAGUGUUCGCUGUCGGACUUGGAUCGCUUGGACGUCCUCGAGACCGCGUCCUAUCCGGAGGACGAGGCGGCGUCCAGGGAGAAGCUGGCGUUCCGACUCACCCACGCCGCACCCUACUUCCGCUGCGCCACCACCGCACAGAACGGCGAGGAGCAGGUCGUCGGGUUCGUGUGCGGCACUCUGGCCGUGGGCCAGACCCUCACCCACAGUUCCAUGUCCCAACACACGCCCGAGGGCUCGACUCUGUGCAUCCACUCGGUGGUGGUCGACGAGCGGUGCCGCGGGAACAAGGUGGGCACGCGCAUGCUGAAGGAAUACAUGCACCACGUCGCCAGCCACCAGGCCAACGUCGAGCUGGUGCUCCUCCUGUGCAAGGCCAACCUCAAGCCCUUCUACGGCUCUUGCGGUUUUGAGGAGGUGGCCGAGAGUGGUGUGGUGCACGGCCAGGAAAAGUGGUUCGAGAUGAAGCAUGUGCCGCGGCGGCAGUGA